AUGAAAAAAGCUGAGUAUACAUUGAACUUCAGCAACCUUCCGCACACACCACUCACUGCAAGAUAUCCAACUCGAACAAUGGCUCCAAACACUUCUAGAAAGCAAAAGAUUACCAAGACCUUCACUGUCGACGUUUCCUCCCCAACUGAAAACGGUGUUUUCGAGCCAUCCUCUUACGCUAAGUACUUGGUUGAGCACAUCAAGGUUGACGGUCACUUGGGUAACUUGGGUAACGCUGUUACUGUUGAAGAAAAUGGUUCCACUGUUACUGUUGUUUCUACCACCAAGUUCUCUGGUAAGUACUUGAAGUACUUGACUAAGAAGUACUUGAAGAAGAACCAAUUGAGAGACUGGAUUAGAUUCGUUUCUACCAAGACCAACGAAUACAAAUUGACCUUCUACCAAGUCACUCCAGAGGACGAGGAAGAAGACGAGGAAUAA